UCUUAGUGUCUGCUAGCGCUGCUGCUCAACCUUUCACUGUGUGUGCUGCGGAAUAUUCGGUGUGGUGUGCGUCGAACUAUUCCGGUAUUCCAUCGCGUGUUGUGGAAACUGACUUCUGAACUUGAAAUGGCUCAGGAGACGAAGAAUGGGGCGCCCGCGGAGGGCACCCUGCGAGACAUACUGAGUGUCAUGGAGAAAAAACCCGAAACCUGGAGAAGCGCAGGGUUCGUCUGGAGCUCUGCGAGAAGGAACUGGAGAUGGGGAACCAACUCACUAAAAAUCAACUACAAGCUCUCGCGAAGAAAGAAGAGGUCCUCAUAAAGCUCGAAGGUCUCCGGGAACUGCGAGUCAUAGCCGAACAAUACGCCAAGAAUGACGAACGUGCUGAGGAAGUCAAGGCGAAGAAAGCCGAGAAAGCAAUCACCAGCAAAAUUUUGGACGUCGUCGCACAGGUCUUGCGUCUGCAAGCUCUCUUAGAUGAGGGUUUGAAACGGGAGGAAAUCGAGGACAACGAGGUAUUGGGGAUGCUCCGCACGGCUUCGCUCGAGGCUCGGGGGAAAAACUACCGCAACGCUGCUCGAUUCUGGCUUCAAGUCGUGGAGGCGAAACCCAAGGAAUUCGCUGAGGGAGUCACCUUCCAAGCUGCGCAUGAGAAAUUGAUGGCUCUCGGAAGUCUACUCGAAAAACUCGAUGAAGUGAACUUGAACGAAGGAGAGGAGGGCGGUCGGGGUGAAAGCCCCUUCACUUCAUCGGUUGGUGAGAGUGAACCCGCAUCCGAUCAUCAAGCCAGCCCUCAACCCAAUCAGCCGUCAAAGUGUGAGAACAGCAACAAGCAACAGGAUGAGGUUUCCGACAGUCCGACCACCGAAGAUCCGUCGACCCCGAAUAACGGCAUGGAAAGUCAACGAGCUGCAGAGGCUACUCCACGUCACCAGGAGACGCAGCCUAACAUUAUUCAAAACAGUCAGCAACACCUCCCACCGCGACCUCCCGCAGUGGUCCCUCAUGCAACAGUGGCCGUACCCGAACAUCCCCAUCAUCAAGGUGGACAGCAAAUCGUGAUUCCCGGCAUUAGUCUUUACUCCGUCUCCCCAGUACAGCCGGGUGAUGAUGCUAUCCAAUUCGGUUCCGUAGAACACGUCGUUCAUCAUCCGGCCGUGGUGCAUUCGAUCCCCGCAACUGCCCUGGCACCAACGGAGAUGCCGAGCCCGAACUCCAUGUUUGUAGACCGUGAAUUCGAUUUCAUCCAGGACGACCUCACCAUUCAUACUCCUGUCCAUCAAACGGCCGCCGUCCAUAUGGAUCCCGCUGUGGUGUACGCUGCUGGUGCGACUGAGAACGGAGAAGGCAUCAUGAAUGGAGAGGAACGAUCGACGAAGGCAGGAGCUGCUGCCGGGUCCGCUGCGAUCCAGGUCAAGGAAGCGAGUCGAAACGGAUACUCUGGACGCGAAGACAAGGAACGCAGAUCUCCUCAGGACAACCACCGACACAGCCGGGGUGGUGAACACGAAGGCGGAAAAGGCGGUUUCUAUCGCGGCAUGAACGGGAACAAGGGUGGAUACAACGGCGAUAGUAACAACAACAAUAAUGGUCGCUGGACUGGACAUCGAAGCGGUCAUUGGAACAACAGAGAUCGUCGCGAAGGUGGUUACAACGGCAAUGGAGGCGGAUAUGGGAACGGACACUCGCAUUCCAGACACAGCAACGCGUACGGCGGAGGCAACAACGGGAAUCCCCGGAACAAUUCGGCGCGACGAGAACCAACUGCCCAACGAGUCUGA